AUGGAGCAUCUUACCUUCAACGAGGUCACGCAACGAAAUGAGCAUAACCUUCGUCUCUAUGUAACGAUGAAGUGUUUACUUCUAGUUAUGUUCUUAAAUCCAACAUACCUUUGCGGUGAUUGUGAGAUCGACAUCUCUGGAGAGAUCGCUGAACCUGAAGCUGAUAUUUGCUGCAGUCCUGUUUUACUGGUUUGUUUUACCAUUGCUCAUAAUGGAAUGUCGUCCUCAACCUACGCGUACUCCACGUGGUAUCAGUUCACCACGAUGGCAGGAGCUAAGUCACAUAGAAAACGGAACUUUGCGCUGAUCGAGCCAGCAGAACUGAGGUUUUCUAACGAAGCAGCUGCUCAAUGCUUCUGGCAAUAA